AUUUGGCGCGUCUAUCGACUGUCUGUAAUCAGUGACAUUGACAGAUGACACUAUAUUAUAUUUGUCAAAUGUCAUCUGUCACUUUAAGAGGGAAAAAAGCGUAAAGUUUUUCGGUCGUUAGAAGUUAUUUCUUUUUAUUUCGAAACUAUUUAAUUACACCAAGACAAAUAAGGAACAUUUAAUGUCGUUUUUCUGUUUUCAGAGCAACACAUAGUUUCAUUUGUCUAAUAUAAUACUAUCGUCUUAUAAAACGACAUUAUUGAAGACGAAAAAUGGAAAAGUUACGAUUCACGUUUGCAGUAUUAGCAGCAUCGGAUAGCAAAUCUAAUAUAAUUUGCAUAACUUCAAUCGAAACACCUGAUGGACAUGUAUUUGACAUUCCCGACGAUUUGAAACCUGCGAGCAAGCACACUGCUAUAACUACAACAGAUAUUUUCACCAAAAUCAAGAAUUCUCUAAAAAAGAGACAUCAGUCAAGGAAAAUAUGGAUCCCCUUAUCCCAAGACUUGAGAACAAUUUACCUGGAUGAUGGUGAUAAUGUACAAUUUGGGGAUCAGUAUUUAAACGAAAUUACACAAGAAUCGAAGCUUUCAGAUAAUAAUACAGAGAUAGGUAAUGAAAAUAAAAAUUUAGGAAAAUUAGCAGAAAGAUUUUUACUCGAGAAGUUUUCAGGAAAAACAUCAAAUGUUAACCAAUGGAUCCGUGAAUUUGAGAGUGAAUGUUUACGUUUUGAUAUAAUAAAGGAUGCAGAAAAAAUCGAGACUUUAAAGCAUUUACUUGAAUGUAGGUGUCUGGAUUGGUAUACUAGUAUGUUAAUAAAAUUUUCAAUAAACGCAGGAUGGGAUACAUGGAAAACUAAUUUCUGUGAAACAUAUGGUAACCCGGGUUGGUCACAAAUUAAAUAUGCAUUUACAUUUAAGUUUCAAGGAGGUUCGUUACUGGAUUAUGCCACAAAAAAGGAAAGAUUAUUACUAGAAAUAAAUAAAGAAAUUGACACACAGACAUUGAUUAAUCUUAUUGUUAUGGGUCUACCGGAUUAUAUAAUGUUCAAAAUGAACAGGGAAUCUAUAACAUCAACUGCAAAUCUUUUCAAUGAAAUUGGUAAACAUGAACAAACAGUCAAUAAAAACAAUUACAAUAAAUUCAAGAGAAAUAUUUUAGAAAAUAAAGUAAACAGUGAUAAAAUUAAGCCUUGUAAAUUAUGUGAAAAGCUUAAUAAAGGUACCCGUUUCCACUUAGAAGAAAAAUGCUGGUUUAAACAACAAACUGAUAACCACGAGAACAGGAGACACUAUAGUAAGAAUGUAAAUAACAACAUAUUAGAUGUUGAAUUAAAUGAUAAUGAGCCAAAAAACGAUUAUUAACACCAUUAAUUAAAGUGAAACUAACAUUAGAGGAUAAACUAGACAUAUUGGGCAUAUAUGAUUCCGGCUCUAAUGUUUCAUUAAUAAAUUCUGAAUUAUUGAGAAUAACGAAGGAAAAAAGAAAAUACAAUAAUACAAACCUAAUAACAAUUAAUGGUGUU